GAUUUUACAAUUCCUUUAGAAAUCUUAAAGAAUAAGGAAACAAAAAUACUAUACAGUAUUAUAUCUUGUGAAGACAUUGAUUUUGAUAACAAUGAAAAAUUUAUUCAUUGUUGGGAUGGUAAUGAUUUUUUUGAACUUACUUCAUUUAAAUAUCCUGAAGAUAUUCUUAAAUAUUGUACUGAAAAAGAUCAUAUAAUGGAUGGGAUGGAAAUCGUUGGAAGAAAGUACAAUCUUUAUCUCUGUGGUGGAGAAUUUCUUCCAACAGAAAUAUAUAACAAAAAUGUGUGGCGUUACUCCUUGAUAUCUAAAAAAUGGUUCCAUGAGACUACUGUUGAUAUCUACGAUACUUAUACAGGCUUGUGGACAUCGGGUGCAGACGCACCUUUCAAUAUACAUCAUCGUUAUAAUCAUUGCGUUUUGGACGAUAAAUUAAUCGUAUGUAGAUAUUUGUUUGCGGAAUAUUAUAAAGGCCAAAGAAGUUAUGAAAACUAUG